AUGUCUUCCCAAUACUACGAGGUCGCUCUCUUUGGCGAAUUCUUCUCCCAAGAUCUCAAAGCCAUUCUCAACCGCAUCACCCUCCACAGCGAGUCAGCUCAGGCUAUUCACACCCAUGAGAUCGUCUUUGAACCUCUCGAUGCCCAAUACCUUCGAGAUACGGGCUCAGAGCCCAUCCUGCUUCGUGCAAAAAAGGAACUAUCGGAACCCAACUCACCAUGGGAAUUGUAUUCUUAUCUCAAGCCAGAGUCAGCUCGUGUUCAUCCAGAAGCAACGGUUAGACCCUGGGCGACUUGUCAAGUAAUCGGCGACGGGCCAAGUUUCGCAGCUGGCCUUGGAUACUUAAAUAGAUCACAGAUCUACAAACGAGGUUAUGCCUUUCGACGAGGACCAUUAGUUAUCCUCAUGUUUCAGCAAGAGCAGGUGGAUCCCAAAACGCAACUCUCGAAUCCUGCCCAUGCCGAUACUCUCUGGGAGGUGGAAGUAAAGACGGCUUCGCCCAUCCAAAAUACUCAAGAAAACCCCCUCAGUCAUUCCAUCGAGGCUGUCCUGGAGGUACAACUUCUUAUGAAGGGUUUGCUUGACCUCCGCCGUCAAGAUCUCUAA